CUGCACAAACCGCUCGGCACCGUACGUCUGCUGCGGCAUCUGCUGCUGCUGCUGCUGCUGGGCGGGCGCUCCAGCCUGAUUGCGGAUGUUUGACCCAAUGCCCAGCAUCUCCUGAAUCUGCUUGACAUUAUAGUCCUUAGAUCCACGGAACACAUACGACUUGGGGCAGUCCUGGUACCCAAGUUCGUGUAGCUGCACCAUGGUGCCAUACGUGAUCAGACCCACUAGCGCGUUGGGCGGCAGUAGCGACAGGGCCAAAAUCAGGCUGUCCUUCAGCGCCUUGAGCUCGUCCUCUUCCAAGCACGUGUCCACCACAAACAUGAACACAGGUGCCACCUGCGACUGGCGCGCCAUCAUGUACUCAAUGGUCGUGUACUGCUGAUGCAGCUCCGGAGGCAGGUUAUGCGCCGCAAUAUCUCUGUAGUGCGGAGGGAACUGGUUGCGCUGCAGGCAGAAGGGGCAAAUCCACAGCUUGCCCCGCACGUCAAUCUGGCAGUACGGGUUGAGCACCGCGCGGCAGGGCGCCUUGCACAUUACGGGCUCGUACAUCACUGGCGGAAACUCGGGACGCUCUUUAAGCGGCGUGUAUAUCGUCGAAACGGGAACCACACUGCGAGUCGCUUCAAUGCGCGUGUUGGGAAGCACAUUCCAUGAGCAGCGCACUCCAUCUUGGUCCUCGAUUGCCUCGAAAUCCAUCAUUUUUCCUUUCGCUUGCUAAAGGUGCCUUAUUGAACUGGAAGCGUGAUGCUGUUAGCGGUAGAAUGCAAUAAAGACCCUGAGUUGAAUAAAAAAGGUCAGAUACCGCAAAGUGAAGAAUUUGAAUUAUACUAUAUGAAAGAAACAGAUGAUGCGGAAAAGAAGACAAAUUCCUCAGCUUGCAACUUGC